AUCGAGGAGGUAAAAGUUUAGUGUGUUGCAUCUUGGAUUCUCUUCAGUUUUGUAAAACAAUUGACUUUUGGAUCAUUGUAGAACUGUGAAACAGUUUCCAGUUAAGUUUGGGGUAUGCCAGUCGAACGUAGACAGGUUGCUCAUGGUGGACACGGUCGCCAUGACCACGGGGGAGGUCAUGGGUCAACAAAAACCACGAAGAGGCCAUCUUCCUCCUCUAAAAGCCGAACUACUGUGAUUCCGAAAGACAAAGAGAAAGAAUCUAUAGCAACGGUAAAGUCGGUUAACGAAGCGGCAGAGGAGUCCGGGGAAACAGAAAAUGUCACAACGGAAGAAGUUCCGAAUGGAGUUAAAACGGAAGACGAAAAAGCAGAAUCGGAGGAUAAUAUUGACGAUACGAAAAACGGCGAAGAAUCGGAAUCUGUAAAUGAUGAACCGGAUGUUCAGGAAAAAGAUGAUCAGGAUCGAUGGGCUGAAAAGUCAAAGGAUGACGAGGGAUUUAAUAUUCGUUCAUUUAAUGACAAUAUUUUGGAAUUCACAGAAAUAUUUGAUUCUGACCGGUAUCGAAAUGUGGACUCAAAUUACCCAGUGGAGGAUCUAAUGGGUGUGGUCUCACAAAUAUCGAACACAAUCGAAGAAUUCAAACAGCAGACACAGAACAGCCAACAGCAGUUAGAGGGGUUGCGAAUGAAAAUGAAGCAAGUAAAGGAAAACAUCCAAUUCAGUGUGUCCCGAAAGGCGUUCGAAAUAAGAACAGAUGACGACCUACAGAGCGUAGAGGAAAGAGAACUGACGGAAAAACUAGCAAAACUAAACGCAGAAAUUGCCAAAGCAAACUCGGAUCUUUCAGAAGCCUUGCGGCUAUCAGCUGAAACAGAAAGCACUGCAGUGAGAGCUCAAAUCGCAGCAGAGAGGGCAAAGGAAGAGGCGAAACGAAUAGAGGAAGAAGUAGAGUUGCGUGCGCAGUUAGAGGAAAGACGAAAACGAGAGGAAGCGAAAAAGAUGGAGGAGCUUCGAAGGCAACAGGAAGCGGAAGCUCGAAGACAGGAAGAAGAAAAAAGAGCGAAAGAGGCAGAAUGGAAAAAACGAGAAAAUGCCGGAAUUGAAAAGUCCGCUGUAUGGGAAACUUGGCCUGCGCAUGAAAUGCAGCUCCCAGGGGAUGGCGGACUGGCGUGUAUUAUCCGCGGAAAGCCAAACAGUUUCGAUCAGUCGUCAGUUACUUGCAAGGAAGUUGACCAAUUGGAGAUCCACCUUACAUACGGGCCUCAGGAAGAACUGGUGGGCAGUAUCAUUCAGUUAGUUCCCAUCUCAGAACAGACGAAACUACAGAGCUCUUUGUACGUGGCCAUUCCCUUCACACUCUCCCGCGCAAGCGUCCAUUCUCGAGAGGCUUUUGUGAAAGCGGACAUAAACGGAGAAUGGAAAGAAAUUCCGAGCACGGAAGUAACGUAUGAUAACCACAAGGAUUUGAAAUUUGUACAAGUUGAAAUCAAAGAAUUUUUUACGAUGGCGGUGAUGACGCGGCUGAAAAGAGAUUACGUCACAUUCUCAAGAAGACCUUCUAAGAUGACCUCUUCGUGCGAUCAUCGAAUCACAGUAACUGUUGCCAGGGAAACCUUCUCUAAAAAAGAACACAUCUUACUUCAGGUACAGCCGGUUGAUUCCGCUACGGUGAACGACCUUCAGACGAGGAACGUAAGCUGUAAACAUCUCCUGGCCUCUAGUCCUAUUGUACAGAUGCAAUGGGAAUCAAAUGAGUUCCACAAACCCAUUGUUAUAACGUUACCUUGUCCGCCAAACCCCGCAAAGGCCCGAAAAAUCGCACAAAUGAGAAAAAUAAAAGAGGAAAAAAUGAAAAAUCCACAGAAAAAUAUUCCGGUUCCGUUGGAUGUUCGGGAAAAGGAGGAAAAUCAAGGAAAACAAAAGAAGGCGAAACCCAAAAAGAAAACUCUACAGGAACAACUGGCGGAAAUCAAUGCUCCACCGGAAGAGGAAAAACCAAAACCCACAAAAUGGUAUAUGGGAGACUAUGCUCACAAUGACGACGACGAACAUGACCAGCUUUGUCUCCUUGCGAGGACCGGAACAGGAAAAUGGUUUGUCGUACCGGAAGUGGAAAUUGCACAAGUGAAGUUGGAUUUGCUGCAGUUCUGUCUUGAUAAACCUUUAGAACAGUUCAUGGUUCUGCGUGUGCGGACAAAUACGGAUGAAGAUUUACUGCCAGUCAUGUCCACUGCAAUCUUCGAUCUCCUUCAAAAGCGGUUUGUGCAAGUUGUUAUCAAACAAAGAUCUGAUAACCCAUUUGACACACGACUUACGAUAGUGCCUGCCAGCCGAGUUCAGAAAAUAGUAAAACAGAUGACAGACGACGGAUAUGAGGAUGGACCGGAACCAAGUCCGGUAGUAGGCGUUUCCGAAGGGGACUUAAUCGAAAUCAACUUCCGGGGCAAUAUUCAAAACGGCUCCAAAUCUCCAAAUUUUAUUUACAAUUCGAAUGUGGUUUCCUUCUCGGAAUUCCUACUUUCUGAAGUAGACCAGUAUCUUCAGAGGAAUUUUAACGUUUUUCGGGGUGUGGUAGAAGCAUACAGGGUUCAGUUUGUGACUCCGGAUAAAAGGACAAUAGCCCGGAAGGAGUCCAUUAUGGAUGAAAAUUCUUUCUGUGUGCGAAAGGAAAAAAGAAAGACCCUAUUAUGUGAAAUUCCUAUAACCAUACCUAAGUAUCACGUGGAGCCUUCGCCUGUCCCAGUACAGGCCCCUGUUGUUAUUCGGAACGACUCGGACGCAGUUAAUGAUAACUUGAUGCGCCAACUAGCGGCAGAAAUGGGAGACGAAUGGAGAAAAGUUGCUUCGACAUUAAACAUCAGCAAGGCGCGGAUCCAAGCUAUUAUAAGAAACGCUCAGAUCACGGACGCAACAGAUGAAGAUGCCCGCUUUCAGAUGCUGAUGACGUGGUUGAAGAAAAUGCCAAAGUCUAUAGAUAAGGUGACUGUCUUGACAAACGCUUUCAUGAAGAAUGGCCGGCCGGACCUGGCAGAACAAGUUCGGAUUAAGGAUGAAGAAUUUAAACGGAAGCACAUUCGAUCUCACUAAAAGUCAAACCCAAAAUUGUGUAAGAUUCCGUUGUUUCUCUGUUUCCGAACUUCAUAACAAACCAUUUGCAUACUGUGAUAUUUUUAGUCAUAUCAGACCCCAUUUAUUUAUUAUUUUAUGCACUGUGUAGUUCCAAGAAUCGAAUUCAAAUAUCUAGUUUCACAUAUUGCAAUCAUUCUUUUAAAUUAGAGUUAUUUGUUGUUUAGAUUAUAUGCAUUUAUUUAACACAAAAUAUUGAUAAAGUUUCCGUUUACAUAUUAUGGAUAAAUAACACAAGUAUAUUCCAUAUCUUUGUAUUGUACUAUACACGUGAUUAAUUGCACGGUACUUUUUACACAGGUCUCCUAUUGCUAUUUCAAGUGGUAUGAAAUCAAUUCUAAUUGUUAAUUUAAUUAGUUUGGUGCAAAUAGCGGAUAUAUUGACCAAUAGUUGGAAUUUACAUUGUCUCGAUACCUCUAAUCCAAAUUAUUGGUGAAUUUCCUUAAUAUUUCUUUUUUUUUUUUUUGUAUGUAUAAUCUUUGGUGCAAUAUACAACUCGGUCAACUCUCAAAAAAUGUCUUCCUCGUAAAAGCUCAUCAUAUUCUGACUGUUCUUUAUACAUGUAGGUAUUUAUUAACUUCUAUAAUAAACAUUACUUCCUGCCAAAGUAUCGUUUACUGACAUUUAUUUGAAAAAUGGAAAGAGUACUUGACUCACUCUCUCUCUCUCUCUCUCUCUCUCUCUCUCUCUCUAUAUAUAUAUAUAUAUUUCAUUGUGUAUUUAUUUUUUCAAUAAAUUCAGUAAACGAUAAAAAGUAAAAAGUGUGUAGAUAAAUUAUUCAGAUUAAGUAAAUAGUGUGUUAACUUUUGUUUUUCAUACUAUUUUAAAUAUUUAUUGUCCAUUCAUGAAUACUGUAAAAACAUUCUUCUCAUCAGCAUAUCAAAAUAUUUUUAGUUAAGAAAAUAUAAAUGUACAUCUGAAACACCUCUCUUCUUUCACA